AUGAGAAAGAACGUUAUUUAUGAAUAUAGAUUCUGCAUGAUAGCACUGUGCAAUAUAUACUACAAGAUUAUAUCAAAGCUGCUAUCUCUACGGCUAAAGAAGGUCCUCAACUACAUUAUUUCUGAAAACCAAUCUGCUUUCAUUCCCGGGAGAUCUAUCACAGACAAUGUGCUAAUUACUCAUGAAGUUCUACACUACCUAAAGUCUUCUACAGCGGCUAACCAAUGCUCCAUGGCAGUCAAAACAGAUAUGUCUAAAGCCUAUGAUAGGAUUGAAUGGAGUUUUAUAAAACAAGUUAUGGAGAGACUUGGUUUUCACAGCAAAUGGAUCCAAUGGAUCAUGGAGUGUAUCUCAACAGUCUCCUAUUUCUAUCUAAUCAAUGAUAGUGUCUAUGAAGUACUGAAACCGAGUAGAGGAAUCAGACAAGGAGAUCCCAUUUCUCCUUAUCUAUUCAUACUCUGUGGCGAAGUGCUAUCGGGAUUAUGCAAGCAAGCAGCUACAGAGGGUACCUUAAAGGGAGUGCAGGUUGCAAGAGGCUGUCCACGGGUCAAUCACUUGCUUUUUGCUGACGAUACUAUGUUCUUCUGCUCAGUAUCAACAACCUCAUGCCAAAAGCUAGCAGAAAUCCUGUUGAAAUAUGAAGCAGCUUCAGGACAACAGAUAAACAAGUCUAAAUCAGCAAUCACUUUCUCAAGACUUACACCUCCAGACAUCAAAGAAGAAGCAAAGAAAAUCUUAGGAAUCACAAAAGAGGGAGGUGAAGGUAAGUACUUAGGAGUACCUGAGCACUUCGGAAGGCGUAAGAGAGACCUUUUCACGAAUCUGGUUGAUAGAAUCCGACAACGAGCAGCGAGUUGGGCAACGAAGCGUCUGUCAAAAGCUGGGAAGUUGACAAUGUUGAAAGCCGUUCUAACGGCAAUUCCAACUUAUACAAUGUCUUGUUUUGAGCUCCUGAUGAGCAUGUAUAAAAGGAUCCAAUCGGUGUUGACACGAUUCUGGUGGGACGGACCUGAUAACACAAGGAAGAUGAGCUGGAUGGCCUGGAAGAAAAUGAUAAAAUCAAAAGCAGAGGGAUGCUUAGGCUUUAGAGACAUCCAGCUAUUUAAUCAUGCGCUACUCGCUAAGAUUGCUUGGAGAAUAAUCACAGUACCUGAGUGCUUAUUGGCAAGAAUUCUCAAAGGCAAGUACUGCCACAAGAAGAGUUUCCUGGAGGUGGAACUCCCAUCAGCCUGCUCACACGGUUGGAGGGGAAUCAUCCAAGGAAGGAAUCUGCUCAGAGAUAACUUGGGAAAGGCCAUCGGUAACGGGAUGACCAUAAAAGUGUGGAAAGAUGCUUGGGUUUCACUGGAUGAACACAUCAAGAUAUUUGGACCUGUGAAAGAAGAAGCUUUAGACUUACGAGUCUCAGACCUGCUGACAGAUGAUAUGAAAUGGAACACAGCGAGAAUCGAAAGAUUCUUACCGGAGUUCAAAGAGAAAAUCUUGAGGCUACACCCAAGUCAAACAGGAGCAGAAGACAGCUUUAUAUGGCUCCCACUAUCGUCAGGAACCUAUACAACCAAAUCAGGGUAUAAUUCAGUAAGCUCUGACAUCAAAAGGAACGUCAGUAAUGAGACAACAAACGAGUUCAACUGGGUUAAAGAUGUAUGGAUGCUAGAUUGCUCACCAAAGAUGAAAACGUUUCUAUGGUCAGCCCUCCAAGACUCCCUACCACUAGGAGAAAACCUACGACGUAGAGGAGUGACAUCAGAGGUCUACUGUCCGAGAUGUAAGGAAACUGAAACUCCCCUACAUGCCUUUCUUUUAUGCCCUGUAGCUAAGGAAGUAUGGUCAAAAAUACCUCUAAAAGAAGCAGUUCACAUAGCUGCAUCAGACAGUUUCUCCACAGCUCUAAUCCGUUUCAGAUCAGCUAUCCGCCUUCCCCCUUUAGGAGUUACAACAGCUAUCUUCCCUUGGGUUUGUUGGUCACUAUGGAAAGACCGUAACUUGAUCAUCUUCGAAGGGAUAACCUCUCACCCUGAAGAUAUAGCAUAUCGAAGUUUAGCACUUGCAAGAGAAUGGGGAUAUGCACAAGCUCUAGCCCCGACAAAGCAACAAUCCUACAAGCCAGUAGGACCGAUAAUCACGCUGACUCCGAAUCUAGCUCUCUCUCCGCUGGCAACAAUCAAAUCAAAUGCAGCUUGGGACUCCAAUCGACGAAGAGCCGGCUCAGCUUGGAUCCUCUGGGAUGAAAAGGGGUUGAGAUAG